CAGGUCUACUCAUUCUUUCUCAUUUCCUUUCCCUCUAAUUUCUUCUCUCCUAUUUCCUUUAUCACUAUCUUUAUACAAUGGAGUUACCAAGUAUUGUCAAGUUUCUUGAGAACAGAACCAUUCUUGUUACUGGUGCCACUGGCUUUUUGGCAAAGAUUUUUGUGGAGAAAAUACUAAGGGUUCAACCAAAUGUAAAGAAGCUCUAUCUUCUUUUAAGAGCUGCAGAUGACAAGGCAGCCAUACAACGUUUCAAUAAUGAGGUUGUGGCAAAGGACCUAUUCAAGGUUCUAAAAGAAAAAUGUGGGGCAAAUUUUAGUACAUUUAUUUCACAAAGGACCACAAUUGUACCAGGUGACAUAACUUGUGAGAAUUUAGGAGUGAAAGAUUCCAAUUUGUUGGAUGAGAUGUGGAGGGAAGUAGAUAUUGUUGUUAAUCUAGCUGCAACUACCAAUUUUGAUGAAAGAUAUGAUGUGGCCUUGGGAAUUAAUACAUUUGGAGCUAGACAUGUCCUCAAUUUUGCCAAGAAGUGUAAUAAACUAAAGGUUCUUCUUCAUGUGUCAACUGCAUAUGUAUGUGGUGAAAAGCCAGGAUUAAUGUUGGAGACACCAUACAGUAUGGGUGAGACCCUAAAUGGAACAUCAGGGCUAGAUAUUGAAGCAGAGAAGAAAUUAAUGGAAGAAACACUGAAACAACUCAAAGCUGAAGAUGCUUCUGAAAAAACCAUUACAAUAACAUUGAAGGAGCUUGGCCUUGAAAGAGCAAGGAAAUAUGGAUGGCCAAACACCUAUGUAUUCACAAAAACAAUGGGAGAAAUGCUUUUGGGAAAAUUGAAAGAAGAUGUACCUCUUGUUAUUGUACGUCCUACUAUCAUAACUAGCACCUUUAAAGAACCUUUUCCUGGUUGGGUUGAAGGUAUCAGAACUAUUGACAGUUUAGCAGUUGGAUAUGGUAAAGGAAGAAUAACUUGCUUCCUUGGCAAUCCUAAAACCAUAUUAGAUGUGGUAAGUAAUGCUUCAAUUAUUAUUAAAUUAAUUCACCAACAGUAUAUUAUGAAGAAAUGUAUCGGUUAUUAUAACCAUAUAGUUCCCUUAACU